GUAGCAGCGGAUCAACACCCAGUGCACUCCACUAUGCACUGACUUGGAAUUUCAGGAGUAGCAGGAUGAGGAGGGAAUGAUGCCUUGAUGGUCCGUGAUCUUUUUUAGCUAGCGCUUGGCCCGUGACUCUCCACCUUCUAAGUAAUAGCUUUGUUCUGAUAUUCAUUGUCUCGGCUAGUAGUCGCCGGUUGUGUGUCAGCUGAACGACUGUGCCGUGUUCCUUCUGAAUUUUAUUGCCGAGCCCUUCGCGUCUUCUCUAGCCUGAAAAAAAGUUUUUUGACGUUGCCGAGAGAUGGAUAGUUCCAACUCUCUUUAUCUAGCCUUUGCGGUUCUCCUGCUAAUGUCAGUGCUAAGUGGAUCCCAUAGUGCAAGUUGCUCUGACCCUGCCCCGUGCAACUCCCGGGGAACGUGCACGGAGGUCUCGGGCCUCUACAACUCCAUAGAGUGCACAUGUUACCUAGGUUACACUGGGGAUACGUGCGAAUUCACUACGGACUCGACGACCUGCACUUCUAGUACCUGUAACAACCAUGGGGAUUGCAGUUACGAGUUUGGAUUGGCGACUUGUUCUUGCUACUCCGGAUACACGGGUGAUCUAUGUGAAUCCCUCACCGACACCUCGACAUCAUGCACUUCCAGCUACUGUAACUUCAACGGUGAUUGCAGUUUGGAGUUUGGAAUGCAGACAUGUUCAUGCUACUCGCACUACUUCGGCGAGUUCUGCGAUGACUAUCAAGACACUGUCACUUGUUCUUCAAGCUACUGUAAUAACAACGGUGAUUGCCUUUCCGGGUUUGGACAACAGACAUGUUCAUGCUACUCCGGCUACACGGGUGAAUUAUGUGAUUCCUAUAUUGACGGUGAAACCUGUACUUCAAACAACUACUGUAGCUACAAUGGCGAUUGCAGUUAUGAUUCACUGGGAGACAAGACAUGUACCUGUUAUUCGGGCUAUACGGGUGACCAAUGUGAAUACAAUAGUUACGUCUCUGGCGCCGCCUGCACGCCUGGCUAUUGUAACUACAACGGCGUCUGUACGGAUACAUUGGGAGACGCAACAUGUUCAUGCAAUGCGGCUUACUACGGGAGCCAGUGUCAGUUCACGGAUGGCGAUGAUUACGAUUACACUUCCGACGAUAGUGACAGUGACAGUCUCUCCGGCGGCAGUGUGGGAGGCAUCGUCAUAGGCAUACUCUUCCUUGUCGUCGUAUUUCCCUGCAUGGUAGCCGCGCGCCGGUACAGGUACAAUCAAUAUCGUCGCGUGCACUCUGUGUCCGCAGGCCGUCCGGCUGGCGCUAGAACCGCGGCGAGAGCGACCAGGCGUUGCCAUGUGGUGGCCGUGGCUCAGUGCAAUCCGGCCCGCAGCGCUGCCCGCCCGACCUCGACGGUGGUGGUGACUGCAGCCGUGGCACCUGGUAUCAUGCACACCGUGUCGCCCCUGAACGCACCCACCCAGACAAGUUCAACUGCGCGCGCAGCGGACACACUGACCCCACUACCUCUCAGUCCUCCACCAUACACAUCCACCUACGAUUCUCCACCCGGCAUGCCGACAGCCUUGGCCGACCCGGAAGCAGGUCUUCCCCAGCCACGUGUCAUGUCGACAGCCUCAGCCGAGCCGACAGAAGGUCCUGCCGAGCCACGUUUCAUGGCGGCAGCCCCAGCCGACGCAGAGGCAGGCCUGCCGGAGCCACCGUCCUAUUCGGAAACCCUCGCGCUGUGUCCUGAUGUGUGAGAACCUGUCUUCAUCCAAAACCUUAGACUGUUUACUGAAUUGCACUAGAGUGAUUGAUUGUCAUGACAGAGAUCACAACCGCACGGCUAAUUCAUAGGUCUUCGUUUUGUAAAUCAUUUUGCAUGCAGUAGCACACACAAUUCACGAUUCACACGCACAAUUCUGGCUGCGCUUAGUGAAUAUCAGUUGUCUAAGGAUUGCC